AUGUCCGACGCACUUUCCGUCAACAGCUCGAGCAAGACUGGUCGAAGCCUCAAGGACAAGCUUCGAUCUGCGUUUGGAAGAAAAUCAGUCGACGACACAAACUCACCCCGAAGGAAAAGCAGCGCUGGCGAGAGUGUCAAAUCAGGGCGCAAAAGCUUACAAAGUGCUUCCAUCGACUCGAAGCAGGAUUCGAACCAAAACCCUGCUUUCAAAACACAAGCAGAACGUAUCCGCGAGGCGCGAGAGAAUGGACCAAAGAUCGAUAAACAGACUGGAGAGCGUUUGGACCAAACCUUGAUCCUUCACAGUCUGGCGCACGAAUCUUUCGACACAGUUACCGAAAUAUUGAACAAGUACGAAUUGGAUCCGAAUCGCUCGCCUGGCGAGGCGCAUAUUGCCAGCUUGUCUUCUCAGCUAUGGAGUCGGGUCACAGAGCAUCUGAGCUUGGUUGAUCGUGUUUGCCUUGCUCUCUCGUCAAAAGUCAUGUUGGAUCGUGUGGGGCCUUCUUCUCUGGAAAUCAUCCGUCACCCUGACCAUGCAGAAGACAGGAUGCAGCUCCUGCACAGAUUGGAAGAUCAGUUACCUAAUCAUUUGUUCUGUUUCGUCUGCAACAAAUACCAUCUACGAACUAUGAAGGGCGAGGAGAAACUCAAGCCAGCCAGUGUACUCAAUCCUCUAUUCGUUUGCCCGCAUGCCACCAACAAUCUGAUGCCUCAGCCGAGAAUACGAAUUGCGACAGGUCGAACACUCCCCUACAAUUUUGUCCAGCUCGCUUUGAAAGGCAGGAAAUAUGGUCUCGACUAUGGCAUCGAAGCAACGACAAUGGCGCGCCUCUGGAGAGAACAGCACGAACCGAGAUGGAUCCACAGCACCCGCUACUUUGUCUUCAAGGGCCACCUCCUGAUGCGCGUUCAGAGCACUUGCUUCACGAAGCCAGGAUUGACUCCAGCAGGCGAGCGUAUGCUUCUCUACAGCCGCGAAGACUAUCAACCCUACUUUUCCGUCUGUGCGCAUUGGAGAGAUGGUCUGUUGAUGAAUAUCUGCAAAUGCGCUCUGAGUCAUUUACCUGUACCGCCGGAAAAAUCACUGCACGAGGGUUUGGCAAAGGUUGCCGGCAGAAGACCCUCGCAGGGUGCCAUCAUCACGUUGUGCUCUACUUGUCGCCCCAUGCGCAGAUGUCCAGAGUGUCCGACCGAGUAUCUGGUGGAAGUCAAGUUGGCCGAAGACAGAUCGGAAAAAGACCCGAGGCUGCUUUUCAAGCAUGCCAUUGUGGUCACGAGGUGGAGCGAUCUGGGAGAUGGGUCAUCACCUACGAAUCCCGAGUGGGCGGCUGUCACAGGCGCACUCGAAGACUAUGACUCUUUGUCUACAAUUGGCACAAGAGCUAUCUCGGGCACGUUCGAGAGCCAGACGGCCGACACGGGUCCUGGACAAAGGAUUCUGAAUCUCAAUCCCAAGGAUGAACACAAGGGUGAGGAUGGCCACGAUUGGUACUAG